UUGGAUAUUUGCUUGUUUUACUGAUCAUGGCUCCCUUUGGAAGAAACUUGCUGAAGACUCGGCAUAAAAACAGAUCUCCAACUAAAGAUAUGGAUUCAGAAGAGAAGGAAAUUGUGGUUUGGGUUUGCCAAGAAGAAAAGAUUGUGUGUGGGUUAACUAAGCGCACUACCUCUGCAGAUGUCAUCCAAGCUUUGCUUGAGGAACAUGAGACGACACUGGGAGAGAAACGAUUUCUGUUGGGGAAGUCCAGUGAUUACUGCAUUGUAGAGAAGUGGAGAGGCUCAGAGCGGGUUCUUCCUCCACUGACUAGAAUCCUGAAGCUCUGGAAAGCAUGGGGAGAUGAGCAGACUAAUAUGCAGUUUGUUUUGUUGAAAGCAGAUGCAUUUCUUCCUGUUCCCUUGUGGAGAACAGCUGAAGCCAAAUUAGUGCAAAACACAGAAAAACCUUGGGAGCUCAGCCCGGCAAAUUACAUGAAGACUCUACCACCAGAUAAACAAAAAAGAAUAGUCAGAAAAACUUUUCGGAAGCUAGCUAAAAUUAAGCAGGACACGGUUUCUCAUGAUCGAGAUAGUAUGGAGACAUUAGUUCAUCUGAUUAUUUCCCAGGACCAUACCAUUCAUCAGCAAGUCCAGAGAAUGAAAGAGCUGGAUCUGGAAAUUGAAAAGUGUGAAGCUAAGUUCCACCUUGAUCGGGUAGAAAAUGAUGGGGAAAAUUAUGUUCAGGAUGCAUAUUUAAUGCCUAGUUUCAGUGAACGUGAGAAAAAGCUAGACUUGCAAUUGGAAGAAAACCAGAUUCUAGAGGACCUGAAUGAAAGUGAUGGAAUUGUACAGCUGGAAGAACGACUAAAAUACUACAGAAUGCUCAUUGAUAAGCUCUCGGCUGAAAUAGAAAAAGAAGUACAAAGUGCUUGCAUUGAGAUAAAUGACGAUGCAGAAGGGGCAGCAUCAAGUGAACCAGAAAGCUCUGAUUUAGAAAGCAUUAGGUGUGAUUUAGAAAGAAGCAUGAAAGCUGGUUUGAAAAUCCACUCUCACUUGAGUUGCAUCCAGAAGGAGAUUAAAUGCAGCGACUCAUUGCUUCAGAUGAAAGCAAAAGAAUAUGAGCUACUAGCCCAGGAGCUUGGUUCACUUCAUAUGAGCAACAAAGAUGGAUGCCAGUUAAAGGAAAACAGAAAGGAAUCUGAGGUUCCCAGUAGCAGUGGGGAGGUUGCCCCCUUUACUCAAAGGUUAUUCAAUACGUAUACAAAUGACACAGACUCGGACACUGGCAUCAGCUCUAACCACAGUCAGGACUCCGAAACAACCGUAGGAGAUGUCAUUCUGUUAACAUAAUUUACCUAACUUCUUUGUGACUUACUUUGAUGUGUUUGUGUAAUUUAAUAGGAAAACUAAUUUCAAAUAUAGCUUUGUGAAAAAAAUCAUGUUAAAGUAUUCUGUAAUUUUUCUAAUGAAAUUUGUUAAUUGUUUUGGUAUAAGAUUUCCAAAAUGGCUUUCAUUAUUAU